GUCAAUGUCAUUACCUAGAAUUGAACAAAUAUAAAGUUGCUUGCUUCAAUUUGGCUACUAUCUUAACCAUCAAAAUUGAACAACCACUUGCUUAUUUAAUGGAAUUGAACCUUAAACAGUAAAUGUAUUCUCUGUAGUGGAUGUGUUAAAAAGCUCAGUCCGCCUAAUAGUGGUUAAUUAAAAAAAAAAAUUUUAAUGUGGCAACUAACUAGCAUGAACUGAAUGUUGGAAUAGUAUUGUAAUAAAGCUGCCCUAGCCAUCAGACAUCGUAGUAGUAGCUAGAGAUUGGUAGUUCUUGUUGCAUCAUGAGUGGCCAUACACUUUUACAGUAAGAUCUUUUAAUCUAAAUAGCAGGUAUUUUCGCAACAGAGGGCGCUGGUGAUAUCUGAUCUAUUAUUGGUACUUUUAGUAUUUAUGCCCUAUUAAAAUUGAUUACGGUUAACGGCAUGCGCUGCCUUUCAGUUACUAAAAUCUUAUUGGCUAGUACACAGUAUAUUUUCUCACAUUCUUCACGAAAAGCGUAGUAAAUCAGUAUAUAGGAUAUAUACAUAAAGUGUCACAUUGACUGACUCUUUGAUGCAUUUGCUAGUGCUCCUCAACCUGAGGGGGUCGUGACUGCGCCGCACAUUAGCACCAAUGGCAACGCCAGUGAGAAUGUCGUUGUUGGUCGUUGACGACCCGUCGGUCGGGCGUCCUCGGGGUGGCGCCGCGAGUCUAGUUAUAGUGUUGACUGCGGGAAGCGGAGAUAGGACGUCGGGUCAGAGAGUGCAAGAGGAUUCGUUUCUUAGGUAUGGUCCUAAAAACAUCUUUGGGCCCGCGAUUUGCUCCCAACAUCAGCAGAUAGUCAAGUUCCAUGUAUCCCGCGUGCCCCCUAGACGCGGAUACAUAAUAUGAGGUGCCCUGCUCGAAUUUCUUUUUAAUUAUAGUAGUUAGCCCAGCUGACUGCAACCUGACACCACCACACUUCCCAUAUCCCACAACAGGUUGAUCUCGUGAGCUCACCUAGCGAUCUCCGCAAAGUUGGCUAUCAACGAUGAGGUAAAGAAACAAAAAAAAGGAUAAUAUAUGUGUGUUUAGUGCGAGUUUUUGAACAUUCUCGGUAGCUUAUAUGUUAAUGUAAAAUUGUAUGGAGUUGGAAUGUUUGCUUAUGCUUGUAGCUAGUUAGCUAGGGGCGCUGUUCCAACUGCAUACAAAUUUGAGUUAUAUUGCUAUUGAGAACGUUCAAAAGUCGCAUUAAGCACACUGGUUCCAAUAGUACAGGGAAUCCUAGAUUGGAGUACUAAUCGUGAGUGAUUUUUCGGUCAGAAAUCAGCAGUACUGCUAUUAAAGCUUUAGACUUUACGUUAGUAUUAUACCACCUGGCAGUCACAGUUUCCGGGAGCCGUUGCAGCACACUCUGUAGAAGCACACUUACACUGACAAAUAAACUUUAAGUAGGUACUUGUACAUAUAAAGCUACCUGCUCCAUAGGCCGCCUUUUUUUUUUAUUUAUUGAUUAGAUGGCUGGACGAGCUGGUGUUAAGCGGUUACUGGAGCCCAUAGACAUCUACAACGUAAAUGCGCCACCCACCUUGAGAUAUAAGUUCUAAGGUCUCAGUGUUACAACGGCUGCCCUACCCUUCAAACCGAAACGCAUUACUGCUUCACGGCAGAAAUAGGCAGGGCGGUGGUACCUACCCGCGCGGACUCACAAGAGGUCCUACCACCAGUAAUAAAUGAUUUAAAGACUUAGUUUCGUACAAUAGCAUUCAAAAUGGUAUGAUAGGUCCUAUGGAUCUAUUCUAGUUUACCAUCUAUGAUAUAGUGUAAACCAUAGAUUAUCACUAAUAUAUUUUAAGAAAAAAUAUAGGUUACUUUACAUUAUUUUACAAAUUCGAUGUCUAAAAUCGACAUAAAUAUUGUUUUGUUACUUAAUACAUAAAUUAAAAUUCAGCAACAAUUGUUAAUUGAAAAAAAAUGAGCGCUAACGAUAUUUAUCCUAAGUGUACAUUUUCCAUGCUCAAAGGUAAAAUCGACUGUAGAAUUCUUUCUACGUUAAGACAAAUGGGGUUUCAAAGACCUACACGUAUCCAAGCUCAGGCAAUGCCCUAUUUAUUACAACAGAAGGACCUUAUAGGUGCAGCUAAAACAGGAAGUGGAAAAACAUUAGCUUUCUUAAUACCUGCUGUAGAUCAACUUAUUAAACUUGGAUUUACACUAAAACAUGGUACAGGUUGCAUCAUUCUAUCUCCAACAAGAGAAUUAGCUCUGCAGACAUUUGAAGUACUAAAGAGACUCUUGACAGAUAUUGAUAUUUCACAUUGCUUGAUUGUUGGAGGUGAGAAAAAAAAUAAGGAUGUGUCCAAGCUACAAAAAGGCAUGAAUAUUGUAGUGAGUACUCCUGGAAGACUUCUUGAUCAUUUACAAACCACAAACACAUUUAAUUGCAAAAAUCUGAAAUGUCUUAUAAUUGAUGAAGCUGAUAAACUGUUAGAAUCUGGCUUUGAAAAGCAUGUAAAUGGAAUACUGGAAAAACUUCCAAAUGAUAAACAAACCGUUCUUUUUAGUGCAACGAUUGAUGAUAGAGUUAAGAAUCUAGCUAGACUGGCGUUGAGGAGCGAUCCGAUCUGGAUAACUGUUGAUGAUGACGCAAAGCGGUCCACUGUCUCUGGAUUGCAACAGGGGUACUACAUUUGCCCAGUAGAAAAAAGAAUGGCUUGGUUGUACAAGAUGUUGAAGAAGUGCAAGAAACUGAAAGUCAUGGUGUUUUUCUCAUCGUGUAAAUCGGUCGAUUUUCAUUAUGAAUUCUUUAGAGUGAAUUGUAAGGCAAUCGUCUCUAGUAUACACGGCAGACAAAGCCAGGCCAAAAGAAAAGAAGCCUAUCACGGUUUCGUGGAAGCACAAAACGGUGCGUUGUUCUGUACCGAUGUCGCCGCGAGAGGACUGGACAUACCGAGCGUCGAUUGGAUUGUCCAAUACGACCCUCCCACUGACCCUAAGGAGUACAUACAUAGAGUUGGACGUACCGCCCGAGGUAUGAACAGCAAAGGCAAUGCAGUGAUAUUACUUAGACCAGAGGAAGAGGAAUUCGUGAAGUUCUUAGAGAACGAAAAAGUUUAUUUAGAUAAAUACACUUUUGGCGAUCCCCCGGCAGACAUACAAGAAUUUCUUCAAAAACUAAUAAAAGAGAACGGAGUUAUGAAAGUUUUGGCGAGAAAAGCUUUUCUUUCGUUUUUACGUUGUUAUAAAAAUCAUCCACUGAAGAGUAUUUUUAAUAUCAAAAAUCUGAAUCUACAGUUGGCAUCAAAAGCCUUUGGAUUUGAUGAAACGCCUCAUGUCGAUUUCUUACGUUCUAAAUGAAGGUAUCGGAGCGGCAAUACAGGUCUAUGACUUUGAGAAUCUGUGAUAUGUGAUGUAUUUUAUUGGGAAAUAAAAUGUCUUUAAGAAUAAA